ACACGUGACGCAGCCCCGGAGCGUUCCACCCCCCGCGUGGGUUCCCGGAUGACGGGUGACGUCAGCGAGCCGUCUUCGUUCAGAGAGGAGAGACACGCCAAGCUCGGAGCGAGCAGCAGCAGCGGCCGCCAUAUUAUAUAUUGCAUUAAUAUUACCGGUGCGAGCAGCGAAGAGUUCAACGCGGAUCCAUUUCCAUACAAGCACAGCAAGGGAGAAGCGAUAUCAUUGCUAUUAUUAUUACUUAAUUAAUUAAUUAGCGUUAUUAACCAGCGAAACCACUGCCUUUGAAACCCGCGCACGGAAAACGAACACACAACAGGUCAAAUAAAUCGAAUAAAUAAUGUCCGCCCCAGCAGCAGGAGAGGGGGGAGCCCCCGCGGGACCCACCCCGCCCCCAAAUCUGACCAGCAACCGCAGACUACAGCAGACCCAAGCACAGGUCGAUGAGGUGGUGGACAUCAUGCGGGUCAAUGUGGACAAGGUCCUGGAGAGGGACCAGAAGCUGUCCGAGCUGGACGACCGGGCAGACGCCCUGCAGGCCGGAGCCUCCCAGUUUGAAACCAGUGCCGCCAAACUCAAGAACAAGUACUGGUGGAAGAACAUGAAGAUGAUGAUUAUCCUGGGAGUGAUAUGUGCAAUCGUUCUCAUCAUUAUAAUUGUGUACUUCAGCACCUAAAGGUGGCGCCAUCCCCAACGGCAAACUGGUUGAGAAUUCGGCAAGGAGGGCUACAGGACCAGCGUCCCACUGACACUGCGAGGCAAAUCUUCCAGCUCCUUCUAGACAGCGUGUGUGUGUCUGUGAGCGUGUGCUUGCGUGCGUGCGUGUGUGUCUGUCCUGUAAAUAGCCAGGUUAUUUAUUAUUAUUAUUAUUAUUAUAAUUAUUAUUACAAUGAUAUAAUAUAUAUAUUUUUGUCCUUUGUAGAGAAUUGUUUAGAAUGUUUUAAUGGUGUGUAUUUAUUUCCAUAUCAAUAACUGCCUAUCUCUAUCUGUCUAUUGUAAAAGAGAAAUACAUGUUUGCAGAAACUGGGGUACAUUUUUAUAGUAGCGAUGUUAGGAUUGAUUUAUUUUUUACUUACCCUUGUUGCUAAUCAAUCGAACCGCUCGACUUACAGACGUUCCUGGAAGAUGCCGUGGCACUAACAAAACUGCCUGAAUUCAUACAUGCACAGUCUGGAGCAUGGGAUGAAGAGCUGCCAUUGAGAGCCAAAUAACAGGGCACUGUUAUAUAGGUCAGGUGGUUAAAGAAAGGGGCUUGAUACCAGGAGGUUCAAAUCCCGGCUCAGCCACUGACUCCCUGAGCAACUCACUUGUGCUCUGUCCUUCGGAUGAGACGUAAAACAAACGAGCUCCUAUUGGAAGUGACUCUGCAGCAGCAAUAGCAGUUGUUGAUGAUGCAUACUUCACUUACAAUAGGAUCUCAGUUUCACGUCUCGUCCGAAGGACGGAGCACAAGGAGGUACACCAUGCAAGUAGCAAAUAUUUAUCUCUCUCUCUGUCUGUUUUUUGUAUUUUUAGGUAGCAGAGGACCAGUGUUUUUUAAAUGUUCUAUUUUUUUGUGGUUUGUAUAAUUCUGUAACAUUCCUUGAAAGCGGUGUGUAUACUUUCAACAUAUCUAUACAUAUGAAUAUAAAUGUAUACCGAGAUUAAACAAACAAGACAGACAGGCAGAUGAUGUCCGUGCUAAUAAUUAAAAUUAUAAAUAUCAAAGCUGUAUCAAAUAAAAAGUAAUUAACCCUUAAAGGACUUAGUUCUGUCUACUCCCACGACUACUAACGAUACACACAUUUACAAAUAGUGUAGCACUGAAAUACAUAUAUGGGCUAUAUAUUUAUAGAAAAUAAACGACGUAGAAUUAAAUAAAUAUUCAAUAUACAUUCCGCUCCACGGCUUUUGAGAAAAAAUACGAUGCUCUGGGAAACGAGGGACCAAAUCAUCAUCUUCUUCUUCUUAUUACUACUAGCUGCAGUGUUGCUGGUGCAGCAGAAUUAGCACAGACGUUAAGCUGCGGUCACAGCGAUGUUCUGUGCAAUAAGGGUCGUGGAUGUUUUGCCUGUCUCUCCUGACAGCAGCCAAUAGAGAAGGAGAAGCUGCGUUCUGUCCCCUCCCCCUGCGUUCUGAGGGAGGAGAAAAUAAAAACGUUUGCUGAUGGAAUCGCGUCUGUAGAUUUGAUUAGUGUGUGUUAACGCGUUGUGUGGUAUGUUAGACUGCUGUAGAAUUGUAGACUUUCUUUUUUUUUUCUCAUGGUUAAUUGGAGGGAUUAUCCAGGAUUAAAAAAAAGAAACGUUAUUUUCUUAAGCAGUUUAUCAUGUUAGAGUUUAAUAAAAAUAAUAUAUAUAUGGCCCAAAAUAAAAACAAUUUGCCUAAAGAGUAUAUAGCGGUUCUAGCUAGGGGUGUAUGCAUGGCUACAGUUGAAAUUUGAAUUUGUGAUCAGUGACGUGUUUAUCGAAUGUAAUAUAAUUUAUGUUUAUUGGGACAAGUUGUAUUUCACUAAAUUUCAGCCCCUGCCAGAGCUAAAAAGUGACUAGAAUUCUGGCACUCAAAACUAGAAGAAACUACAGCGCAGUGCAUUCUGGUAGUUGGAGUCCCGGCGUGACGAGGCAUUUUGCGGACGCGGUUUUAAAACGGCUGCUGUAGUUCCUGCAUCUUCAAAUAGUGAUUUAAUAUUACAUGCCUACAUAAACAUACCAUCAAAACCCGAGCUCAGUUCAUCGUUUGUUUUUUUCUGAAAAGCUGUGGGCAUUUCUACAAAGAUACUAGGUUGUGGUGAAUUUGUGUUUAAUCUCAACGCAAGAAGGACCAAAUUCAUAAAACUCAGCGUGUCCUAUUAUUACAAAUUCAGACCGGAGGCACUCAAAUCCGAACAACGCAUCUGAAACGCCGAAAUAGAAUAAACAGAGUAAUAUUAGGAAUAGCACAAAUCAGUUUCAGGAGAAGAAAUCAAAACAGAAUCAAAAUCGCGUGUGUCCGUGAUGUUUCGACACUU